AUGUAUGUGAGUUACCUUUUGGAAAAAGAAACCAGCAUGUACCCUGGAUCUCUACGUCGCCCUGGCAUUAACCUGCCUCCACAGAAUUUUGCUUCUGCUGCACAAUAUUCUGACUACAAUGGAUAUCAUCAAGUGCCAAAUGUAGAUUGCCACCACAGUCAGCCUUCAGGGGUAUGGGGGUCUGCGUAUGGCCCCCCUAGGGAUGAUUGGAAUACUUAUGCUGCGGGACCAUCUGGUACUACAUCUGCAAACCCCUCUCCUGGGCAGGUAGUGCCAUACAGUCCCCCUGAUUAUGGCUCCAUGCACUCAGCUGGACCUGGGAUUUUAUCUCAUGUUGAUACAAUAAAUGGGAACCAGAUUUCACCUAGCAAUGAAAGGCAUGAGUCCUAUGACUGGAUGAGAAAAACAGCACAGUCCAUUUCAACAGGUAAAACAAGGACAAAAGAAAAAUACAGAGUUGUAUAUACAGAUCAUCAACGACUGGAGUUGGAGAAAGAGUUCCAUUCCACCAGAUACAUUACAAUAAGAAGAAAGUCUGAACUGGCAGUGAGUUUGGGUCUUUCAGAGAGACAGGUGAAAAUUUGGUUUCAGAAUCGCCGAGCAAAGGAGAGGAAGCUUCAGAAAAAACGACUAGGCCAGUCAGAUGGCAGUGGAGGUUCGACACAGAGUGACCAAGGUUCAUUAAGUCCAAUUCUGGUGUCUGGUUCAGGAAGCCCAAUAGAACUGGUCAACUCCUUUUUUCCACCACCCCCAAGAAUUAAUAACCUCAAUCAUUUAGGAGGCAUACAACAAGUCAUCAUUGACUGAAUAUAAACUAUUCGUAAACAUUUUUGUGGUGGAACUAUAUGUGCUUAAAAAUAAUAAUGUAUGCAAGCACUGCAUUUCUUACUAUGGCCAGUAUUAUUUUGUUACUGGAUGCUUCUGGUGGAAUAAAUCUGGAAGUAUAAAUAUGGGACAGCCCAAACACCUGAAGAACUUUGAUUGUUGCUUCAUUGGGGUUUUGAACGACAGCUUGUUGAAGGAUUAAAGGACAAUGGACAACCUGACAUCUGUUUAAAACAGAAAGAUAGCUUGGCCCACAGGAUACUCAAGGAAAAUAAAUAAAUGCCACAGUCAAUUCAAUAAGGUUAUACUGUAUUGUACAGCAAAGAAUGAACAUAAAAAACUGUGUUGAAAUGGUUCAGAAUAUUGAAGAAUUCAGUUAAAGUUAGGUUUAGAUUGUUCAUGUUUGAAACAUUGCUUUGUUUCAUUUUUACUGCAGGGCAAUUUGGACAACAUUUCCAGAAGAUAGGUUAUUUUUUAUUUACUGUUUACAUUGUUUCCAUUUGUUUGUUUCUUUCAAGCAAUAUGUCUUUGGUACAGUCUUGGAAUGUGAUGAAGCAGGCAGACCUCAGGAAGUUGUAAAUCUACUGCCAUGUCUACAAACAUGUCGAUACAGAAUUGAAAUACAAAACAAAAGUGCGUGUGUGCACGCUCUCGCCCAUGCUGUGUGUGUGUGUGUGUGUGUGUGUGUGUGUGUGUGUGUGUGUGUGUGUGUGUGUGUGU